UUGCCAACAGCUGCAUGCAUUUCACAAAAUCGUACAGUAAACGUUUACUUGGUGUCCAAUUAUUUACUGUAAGAUUUAUGUUGAGAAGAAUUGAAUACUUCGCGUGAUAAAGUAUGAAAACGUAUCAUAAAAUAAGGAAAUUGGCGUGAAACUAUAUACAAAUAUUAUACAUAAUUUGUACAGGAUACUCUAAUAGAAUGAAUCUAAAAAAUAUGAAAUUAUCUGCAUUAAGCAGAAAUUUUAGACAAAGAUAUUUACAAUUUAUAAGAAAUUUCUCAUCGAACAAUCAUGAGUGCAAGUUCGAUGUUGUUGUCAUUGGUGGUGGUCAUGCUGGAACAGAGGCUUGUGCAGCUGCAGCUAGAAUGGGUGCAAACACGCUACUUAUCACCCAUAAAAAGAGUACAAUAGGAGAAAUGUCGUGUAAUCCAUCUUUUGGUGGAAUUGGAAAGGGAAAUCUCAUGAGAGAAGUAGAUGCUUUGGAUGGAGUCUGUUGUCGUAUAUGUGAUAUCUCAGGCAUUAAUUAUACGAUGUUGAAUAGAUCCAAAGGACCUGCCGUAUGGGGCUACAGAGCUCAAAUUGAUCGUGUUUUAUACAAGAAACAUCUUCAACAAGAAUUGUUCAAUACACCCGGUUUACAAAUAUAUGAAUCUUCCGUAGAAGAUUUAAUCAUCCAAGGAGAUUCUCCAACAUGCCAUGGAAUAAUUCUUAAGGAUGGAACGAAAAUAUACAGCGAUGCGGUCGUCAUAACGACGGGUACAUUUUUAAAGGGACAAAUUAAUAUUGGUUUAGAGAAGAGGCCUGCUGGCAGGCUCGGUGACGAACCUAGCAUCGGAUUAGCCAAUACAUUAGAAAGAAUCGGAUUUAGAAUAGGAAGAUUGAAAACUGGUACUCCGCCGCGGAUAGAAAAGUCGACGAUAGAUUUUUCUAAAUGCCGUAUACAAUUA